ACAAUUGGUAUCAGAGCACUUUUGUUCUUGGAGGGACCGUGUCAUCCGAGUGUAAACACGUGAGGGAGUGAUUUCAACCAUGGAAUCCUCUAAUUUCACACCCAAAACUCCAUACUUUGCAGGCCAAAACUACUCUGCUUGGGAACCUGCAGCCUUACCAGAAAACCCAACUUUAAAUAAGAUCAAGAGGCACACAGAAGAGUCUACAAAGAGGUACAAGGCUCUUACGUGUACCCAUGGGUCUGUGUCAGAUGAAAUUUUCAACAGAAUUAUUACUUGUGAGACAGCAAAGGAAGCCUGGGACACAAUCAAAGAAGAGUUCCAAGGAGAUCAAAAAACCAAGGAGAUCCAAAUUAAUAACUUGAGAAGGGAGUUCAAGGUGUUGAGGAUGAAAGAAACAGAGACAGUGAAGGAAUAUUUAGACCGAGUGAUGAAGACGGUGAACCAAAUAAGGGUCCUUGGUGGAGAACUCAGAGAAAAAAAGGUUGUUGAAAAAGUUCUUGUCAGCCAACCAGAAAAAUUUGAGCACAAAAUCUCCUCAUUGGAAGAUUCAAAGGAUCUUUCAAGGAUGACUUUGAGUGAACUUGUUGGUUCUCUUCAAGCCGUUGAGCAAAGAAAGGCUAUUAGACAAGAAAGUACAUCUAAAGGAGCUUUCCUUAUGAUAGAAAAAGGAAAAGCUCAAGUGAAAGAAGAUGACACUCAGGUGAUAGGUGGAGGUAAAAAGCAGUUCAACAACAGAAAAGGAAAAGAAAAGAGAGAGUACCAGUACAGCAGAAAGUGCAAGAAGUUUGGCCAUGUUGAAAAGGUUUGCAAGCAACAAGCAAAUCAUGUACAGCAAGCUAAAGUUGCUGAAAUUGUGGAUGAAAAUGAAGAGAAGUUGAUCAUGGCAUCAAAGGUAGAAAAGAAUUGUGUCGCUGCAAUGAAUGGUGAUUUAUGGUUGAUUGAUAGUGGUUGCACAAACCAUAUGACACCAAAUUUGAGUAUCUUCAAAAGCAUUGACAGAAGUUACUCCUCCAAAGUCAGAUUAGGAAAUGGAGAUCUGGUGCAAGUGAAAGGCAAAGGUGUAGCUGCAACAAAGACUUCUACAGAAUCUAUCAAUGGUAGCAAAUAUUUUCUGUUGUUUAUUGAUGAUUUUAGCAGGAUGUGUUGGGUUUAUUUUCUAAAGCAAAAGUCAGAAGUGUUUAAUAAGUUUGUGCAGUUUAAAGCUGUAGUUGAAAAUGAGAUUGGCAAGUCAGUGAAAGUUCUAAGAACAGAUAAUGGUGGUGAAUAUACCUCACUCCAAUUUGAGGAUUUCUUGAAGAGCCAUGGCAUAAAACACCAACUCACAGUACCAUAUAAUCCUCAGCAAAAUGGUGUAUGUGAGAGGAAAAAUAGAUUAGUUAUGAAUAUGGCUCGAUGUCUCUUGUUUGAGAAGAACUUGCCAAGAAAAUUCUGGGCUGAGGCUGUGAAUACUUCUGUAUAUCUGCUCAACAGAGUUCAAACAAAGGCACUUGAUAGGAAGACACCAUAUGAAGUCUGGUUUGGAAUUAAACCAACCAUUCGUCAUCUCAAGGUCUUUGGUUGCAUUUGUUACAUGCAUAUUCCAGAGGCAAAAAGGGAUAAACUUGAUCGUAGAGCUGAAGUUGGAAUUUUUAUAGGUUAUAGUAGUCAAUCAAAAGGCUACAGGGUGUUUAAUGUGAGGACUGGAAAGAUUGAAGUCAGUAGAGAUGUGAAGUUUAAUGAAGCUGCAACUUGGAAUUGGGUGAAUUCAGAAGUUAUAUCUUCUGAGACUAGUCUUGAAGAUGAAACUGAUGAGGAUUAUGCAGUUAGAGGUACUAUAUCACUAGUUGAUAUUUAUGCAAGGUGUAAUGUUAGUGUUGUUGAACCUCCAAAUUUCUAUGAAGCUGUGAAGUCAGAGGUCUGGAGAGCUGCAAUGCAGGAGGAGUUCAAUAUGAUUCAGAAAAAUGAUACAUGGCAGCUUGUGGAUCGACCAUAUAACAAGAAAGUCAUUGGUGUUAAGUGGGUUUAUAAGGUGAAACUUAAUCCCAAUGGUUCUAUAAACAAGCACAAAGCAAGGCUUGUGGUAAAGGAAUACUCACAGCUCCCUGGAAUUGAUUUUUGUGAGACAUUUGCGCCGGUGGCCAGGUUUGAUACCAUCAAAUUGCUUUUGGCACCAGCAGCUCAUAAAUGCUGGUUUGUAUACCAACUUGAUGUUAAAUCUGCUUUCUUGAAUGGUUAUUUGAAAGAAGAAAUACAUGUGGAGCAGCCUGAUGGAUUUGUUAAAAAUGGUACUGAAAACAAAGUCUAUUUGCUCAAAAAGGCUUUGUAUGGACUUAAGCAGGCUCCUAGAGCUUGGUACAGCAGAAUAGAUGAAUAUUUGCUGAAAUUGGGUUUUGUAAAGAGUCUCACUGAAGUCACUCUUUAUGUCAAAGAAGAGGGAGAUGAUUUAUUGAUUGUUACAAUUUAUGUGGAUGAUUUUCUCAUCACUGGCAGCAAUGAAAAGUUGAUCCAGCAGUUCAAAGUUGAAAUGAAGAAGGAAUUUGAAAUGAAUGACUUAGGGAAAAUGUUUAUGCAUUCUCCCAGUGAAAUACACUUCAAGGCAGCCAAGAGGAUCCUAAGGUAUGUGAAGGGAACAACUGAUUUUGGUGUUCUUUAUAAAAGGUCAACAAAUGUGAAGCUAAUUGGAUUUACAGAUAGUGAUUGGGCUGGUUCAGAGGAAGACAUGAAGAGUACCUCAGGACAGUGUUUUUCUAUUGGUUCAGGGGUGAUUAGUUGGAGUUCUAAGAAGCAAGACUCAAUUGCCAAGUCAACGGCAGAAGCUGAGUACAUUGCUGCUUCUCUUGCUGCAAAUCAAGCUGUGUGGUUCAAGAAACUGAUGAAUGAUUUAAAACAACCUCAGAUACAUCCUACUGAGUUGUUUUGUGAUAAUUUAUCUGCUGUUGCAAUUGUUAAGAAUCCUAUUCUUCAUGGUAGAACCAAGCAUAUCAAGAUCAAAUAUCAUUCUAUUAGGGAGAUGGUUAAUGAAGGUGAAGUUCAGGUUUUGCACUGUGAUUCAGAUGACCAGAUUGCUGAUAUAUUCACUAAAGGAUUGCACAAGUUCAGAUUUGAGACACUAAGAGACAAGCUUGGGAUGAGCAGCAUUAGUGUCAAGGAGGAGUGAAAACAGCAAUGUAAAGACAGUGACACAAAUGCUGUCAUACUAUUUUUUCAGUUUGUAGCAGUUAUUAGUUGGUUUUUAAUCCAAUUUGUUUUUCCAUUGUAGUGCAGUUAACUUUCAGUUU